AAAAAGAAACAUUGCCUUAAGAGCUCUCUUCAGUUCUCCUAAUUUAUAGCCAUCUCCUCCUUGAUUUCUCUUUCCAUUAAGCUUCAUUUUCAUGGCUCCUGAAUUGGUUCCAUUCGGAGAUAAAACCAACGUUUUCACUAAACCAAUCACCUUGCGCAACCGUGCUUACGUCACUUUCUUGGCCGGAAAUGGUGACUACGUGAAAGGAGUCGUAGGGUUAGCUAAAGGGUUAAGGAAGGUGAAAGCGGCUUACCCUUUAGUGGUAGCCGUUUUACCCGACGUGCCUGAGGAGCAUAGGCGGAUCCUGGAGCACCAGGGUUGUAUCGUACGAGAGAUCGAACCCGUUCAUCCGCCCGAGAACCAGACCCAGUUCGCCAUGGCUUACUACGUCAUCAAUUACUCCAAGCUUCGGAUUUGGGAGUUUGUAGAGUACAAUAAGAUGAUAUACCUUGACGGCGACAUUCAGGUGUACGACAACAUCGACCACUUGUUCGAUUUGGCCGACGGGCAUUUCUACGCCGUAAUGGACUGUUUCUGUGAGAAAACAUGGAGCCACACACCACAAUACAAGAUCGGGUACUGCCAACAGUGUCCCGACAAGGUGAAGUGGCCUGCCGAGAUGGGUAAUCCUCCUCCUCUUUACUUCAAUGCCGGAAUGUUCGUGUUCGAGCCCAGCCUUACGACCUAUGAAUAUCUGUUGAGGACUCUCGAAAUCACCACGCCAACCCCAUUCGCGGAGCAGGACUUUUUGAACAUGUUCUUUAAGGACAUUUACAAGCCAAUUCCUUUGAUUUACAACCUUGUUCUUGCCAUGUUAUGGCGUCAUCCUGAGAAUGUGGAGCUUGAAAAAGUUAAAGUUGUUCACUAUUGUGCAGCGGGAUCAAAGCCUUGGAGGUAUACAGGGAAAGAAGACAACAUGCAAAGAGAAGACAUCAAGAUGCUUGUGGAGAAAUGGUGGGACAUUUACAACGACGACUCACUUGAUUUCAAGGAACCCACCGCUGGUGAAGGAGAGACGGAGCCCGUUAAUCUGCAACCCUUCCUGGCUGCUCUCUCAGAAGCCGGUUCAGUCCACUUCGUGGCCGCCCCAUCGGCGGCGUAAAUACGGCCAGCUCUCUUUUAUAACUACGAUAAAAAUACUCGUCAGAAUCGGGAAAGGUUGUUCUUGAAGUGGGGUUGAAGGAUUGUUAAAAGCUUCUAGGUGUGGGUUUUUUUCUUCCAAUUAUUAAUUACGAUGUUUUUUUUGGGGGGGGGGGGGUUUGAUGAAAGUUAGAGUGCCAACUUGACGUAUGGGGUCAAGAUUUGGAUGGUAAGUUGAUAGUGUGCAUUUCACAAAAGAGUCUUGUAAUUAAUUGUGUCAGUGGAAAUGGGGAAUUAUAAUCUUAAUUUUGCAGCAA